AUGUUGUCUCUCCUAGCUUUUUUCAUUCCUGGUGAAAAGGAAACGAGAAGGGAAAAAAGGCGAUAUCAUUUUGACACCAUCAUAGAGAGACUCGAGGAAAUGAAGUUCGUCGCCGUAGCGUUCACCUUGGUCAGGUUGACAUCCGGUUUCCUAUUUCCUGAUUCCAACUCAGGUUGCGGCUGCAAUACUUGCCCUCCACAACCAGUCUGUCCACCUCUUCCGACCUGCCCACCAGUACAAAGUUGCCCUGCUCCAACUGCACAGGCUGAAGAAACUCGUUGGAAACGCGACGUCCUUGAUGAAGUGGUGAAAGUGGACGCGAACUGUAACAGUGAGGAAUUGAGAGCUAUCAUAAUCGAGAGAACCUACUUUGCGCUAGCAGAGCGUUUUAUUGUAGAACGUCGACCGUAUAACUUCCGUUUCGAAGAGAAGAAUUCAAGCCGAGUGCGAGAGCAGCCUCAACGGAAG